AUGGCGUCCCCGCGUGAUCCAUCCAGAGAGAGGCCGGUUUCUCCACAAAGCCCCUUGCCUCCUCCUGCCACCGACGAUUUGCUAUCGGCAAGCUACCAGUCUACCGAUACUGUACGAAGGCACCCAGAUGCUACUGGCUAUGGAACCAUCCAGAGCUCCGCGACUCCACUAAGGAGCCCUAAUGUCUACCCCGACGCGCCGGCCUCGUCGUCUCGCGAUCCCACAUCCGCCCAAGCAGCAGCUAGCCGCCAAGGCGGAACCGAGCGAGCGCGAUCGUCCCGGCAAAAGAAACCUAACCUAGCUCGCCGACCCUCUGUAAACCCGAUGACCCCCUACCGCGGGGAAGUUUUCUCCGUUGACGACGAUGUUCUGGAAGUCGAGGCCGAUGCUGCCGAACAGCAGCAGCAAGGCUACGGCUCGCGCCGGCGAAGCGUUGCUACGCGUCCUGCACUCCCGCGAGGGCAAUCACAACUACGUUUAAACGAAGCCGACGACGAGGCCCCAGAGGCGGUCGCAGAAGAGGAGGAUGACAACGAGGAGUCUAUGCACCAUGGCGAACUCCAGCUAGAAGACCACAUAGAUUGCGACUCGGAAGGCGAGCUUAGUGAUGCUGAAAGCUUCACACUCAAGGAUCGCCAGGAAGCAAUCAACGAAACCCACCCUUUCGGUAUCAGGCUUUGGAAGCCUGCCCUGUACAAGAAGUCUCGUUCGGUGCAAAAGACGGCCGAGGGAGAUAUUCACUCUACCCCCGGCCAAAUCGGUGGCCUCUGGAUCCGUUUCUUUAAUAUCGUGUGGACCAUUUUGUUCGGUUGGUGGUUAGCCUUGCUGGCUGCUCUGGGUGCGCUUGUCUGCUUCAUCCUGGUUGCGUUUCCCGGAUCGCGGCUCUACGGUCGCGUGCUAUGGGGUCUUGCAGGCUACUUAUUCUACCCUUUUGGAAAGGUUGUUCGUUUGGAGAAGGAUGAGGCAUACCUCCAUGAGGAUCGUGGUGAAGGAAGAAGCAUCUUCGAGUACGAACAAUGGCAGAGCGGCGAUCUGGAAUACGGUCGCUUGUUCUUUGGACCCGAGCCGAACCGAUCUAUUGUCGGCCGCUCGAGGAGGAGCAUUGAUUCGAGUUUGAGCGAGACAGACAGCCUGCUUGGAAACUCCCGGACCAUUGAGCGGAGCGAUAGCAACGGCGCCGACGCACCUAGGAUGAAGCGACGGCUGUUUGGCAGGGGAGAGUGGAACGUUGGAAGGGUCAUCUUCUUCGUCUGCUUCUACUUCUUUAUCGCCCCGGCAUUGCUGCUUGUCUCCCUGAUCUGCUGGUUCUUGGUGUACUGGAUUCCUAUGGGUAAGGUUACUGGCCUUCUCUUUAGCCACCUUCGACGCCAUCCCCUUGCACUAUCGUUCGAAUCCGGCUUCGUCACGUCGGAGGCGCCAUACUCGUCCAUCUUGCUCUGCACCUACCGAGCCGUAGGACCUCGAUACUGGAAGUACACCCUCGACGGCACCAACAUUAUACUCAUCAACCUGAUGGGGGUGGUCGCGUUUGUUAUUUUGGACUGGUUCAUAUUGCACGGCAUUAUGCACCUCGACACAUUCAUCACGUCGUCGGCCUUUUUCUUCCCGGCCGGUCUACUUUCCAUCAUUCCUCUAGCCUACUUUAUCGGUCAGGCUGUAGCGUCCAUCUCGGCGCAGUCUUCCAUGGGCCUCGGCGCCGCUAUCAACGCCUUUUUCUCGACCGUCGUUGAGGUCUACCUCUACUGUAUUGCGCUGAACCAGGGCAAAGGCCGUCUUGUGGAGGGCAGCAUUGUCGGAAGCAUCUUCGCGGGUAUCCUGUUCCUCCCCGGCCUCUCGAUGUGCUUCGGCGCGAUCAAGCGAAAGACUCAGCGAUUUAAUGCGAAAUCGGCGGGUGUGACAUCGGCCAUGUUACUUUUUGCGGUCCUCGGCGCGUUUGGGCCGACGUUGUUUUUCCAAAUCUACGGCACUCACGAGCUCAACUGCAUGGAUUGCGUUGAGACGGGUGAUCCAACGGGCACCGACAACACGAGGGAUUGCCGCAGAUGCUUUUUCUCGGAGGUCCCCGCGCUGGAUGACCGAUUUUAUAUCGAAGCGGUGAAGCCUUACUGCUAUCUCGCCGCAGGUGCUCUUUUCCUCAUGUAUCUUAUUGGUCUGUGGUUCACUCUCCGCACGCAUGCUGCCGUGAUCUGGAACACGGAGCUCGAGGAGAAGAAGCACGAGGAAGCCCUAGCGGCGGCGGCGGCGGCGGCUGCGGCAGGACAUGCACCUAUUCACCAUCGGCCAUCACAAUCCCUCCCCCACUCGUUUGCCGAGACCACGGGGACCGAUAUCAGGGACUCGCAUUUAUACAAGAGGAUUCUCGGACAGUCCCUGAAGCACGUUGGUUUGGCUCCGCGGCACGAAGAACUCUCUCACCAGAUCUCUCACCAGAGCUCUAAUCUCACGGGUACCUCUUCUGCCGGCCUAGGUAGCGGAACUAGCGCCAGCACGACGCCGCAUGUCGUCCCACCAAAGACGGAUGCCGGAGAACCCCACUCUACGCGAGUGUACAUACCCGGCUUCUCUGAGGCGGAGAACCAGAACCUCGUGCGACAGGUUGCCGAAGUUGCCGCGACGGCUGCGACGAUUGCGGCUCGAGACGUUCGCCAUCCUAGACGGAGCGCGGUCCGCAUUGGCGGAGCCAGCGAGCUCGGCCCAGCAGCGUCCGGUGGAGCAGGAGGCUCCAAGAAUGGGGCGACGACAGGUGCUGGGGCAGGAUCGAAGCUUUCCACUUUCCCCGAGCCCGACGGACCGCCCGACGCGCUUGUUCUCGGCGAACAUGGGGCUGCUGCUGCGGCUGGCACUAAUGGCGGCGGGCACGAUGCGCCCAACUGGGGUCGGACGAAGAGUGCGGUUAUCCUCUUGGGGGCUACGGUGUUUUACGCCAUCAUUGCGGAGAUUCUUGUCGAUACGGUGGAUGUGGUGUUAGAAGGGUUUGCGAUUGAUGAGAAGUUUUUGGGUAUUUCGCUGUUUGCGCUGGUUCCGAACACGACGGAAUUUCUUAACGCCAUCUCGUUCGCCAUGAACGGCAACAUUGCCCUCUCCAUGGAAAUCGGAUCAGCCUACGCCCUCCAAGUUUGCAUGCUCCAGAUCCCCGCCCUCGUCUUCUACUCGGCCCUCUGGCCGCCCACGCCCCUCCCCGGCGGCGACGACGAGCCUGCGCACUACCUCUUCACGCUACUCUUCCCGCAGUGGGACAUGGUGACGACGAUCAUCUGCGUGUUCCUGCUCAGCUACAUGUACGGCGAGGGCAAGAGCAACUACUUUAAGGGCAGUCUCUUGUUGCUGAGCUACGGGAUCGUGGUGGUGGGGUUCUGGUUGAGCGGGUUGACGAGCGUGCAGACGAUGGGGAUGAAUCGAUUUGACCGGCUGGGAGGCGAUGGAGAGUUUGUGAGUUAUAAGACGAUUGGGAGGUCGAGGAGGGGUGUUGCGUAUUGA